AUGACUGACAAGACCUCCUCCCACCUCCCCCAAACAAUCAAAUCCGUCCAAUAUACAACCCCUUCCCUCUCCCCAAAAGAAACCCUCUCCUUCAAUGAAUCCGCACCCAUCCCCACCGUAACCGGCUCAAACGUUCUUGUAAAAGUCCACGCCGCUGCCCUCAACCCAGUCGACUGGAAACUCAUGCGGGGCGGGGUCCCUCGACUUCUCAUGCCCAAGAUCAAAGUCCCCGGUCUGGAUAUUUCGGGUACUAUUGCUGCGGUAGGACCCAAAGCCAAGAGCGGGUUUAAGGUCGGGGAUGAGGUGGUGGCAAUGUUGGAUUUUAGUCAGUCCGGGGCGUUGACAGAGUAUACGGUUGUUGCGGAGGCGUAUUUGGCAAGGAAGCCGGUAAGGUGGACACAUGAACAGGCUGCGGCUUGGCCGUUGGUUGCGACGACGGUUUGGCAGGCGCUCGUUGUCCGGGGUAACCUCAAGGAGGGCGAUAAAGUCCUCAUCAAUGGCGCCAGCGGUGGUACAGGCACGGUGGGCGUGCAGAUCGCCAAGGCAUUGGGCGCAUAUGUAGUCGGGGUUUGCUCGACUGACAACGUGGAGCUAGUCAAGAGCCUUGGCGCUGACGAGGUUGUCGAUUACAAGAAGGAGGAUGUCACCGAAAAGUACACUCAUCAGGAUUUUGACCUCGUUUUUGACACCGUUGGGUCCGCCGCUGAGAUCUGGGCAAAGAGCGCGACGAUCUUGAAGCCAAGUGGAAACCUAGUCAGGAUCGCAGGGCCUGACAACACAAUGGACUCACUCUUCACCUUCUUGGCCGCCGGCGUAAAUAUCGGAUACAACAAAGUCUCGUCCUUCCUUAAGCGCGGACCAGGCUACCAUCUCUUCACCACCUUCCCUAACGGUGAGGUUCUGACUAAGGCCAUCAACCUUUUGAACGAGACCCAUGCUGACCCUGUGAUUGACUCUGUCAACGAGUUCACGUUGGCCUCGGUCGUUGCUGCGUUUGACAAGAGCAUGUCUCACCGCGCCAAAGGCAAGAUCAUCAUCAAGAUUGCUUAA